AUGGCGGCAACGAGCAGCAACCACGCCGAGCUGCUGGAUCAGCUGCAUCUCCAGCUGAACUCUGUGCUCGAACAGACCGGUCGCGUGUUCGUGGCCCUGGCCAACAACCCCAAGGCGCGUCCAGCAGCGCAAGUCACGAAGCUCCAGCAAGUCAUACCCGAGGCCGCCACGAGCUUCCAUGAGGCAUUGGAUCAAUUCGAGUCCGAGCUGCGUUCAGCUCAGACCGUGAUGCGGCGCGAUCUGGCAGUGUGUCGAGAGCGAUCUGGCGUGCACAUCGAACCGCCAGUCUUGCCAGCAGCACAACCACCUCAGCCAAAGGACGAGAAGGCAGCUUCAGACAGCAAACCCGAACCUGAAUCAGUACCCGAGCCAGACGUCAAGCCGGUCGAGACGGUUUCGCAACACGAACCUCCCAAGCCUGAAGCACCACCCGACGAGGACAUCGUCAUGGAGGACCCAGCUCCAGAUGACGAGGAGAAGCCGGUACCCGUCAUGUCUUUCGACGAGUUGAUUGCGGAAGACCUGCCAAAGCAGCCGUCACCACCUCUCGCAGAAUCCAAGCCAAGUGUAGCCGCGCACACGUUGCAAACGACCGACGACCUCAAGCCACUAAACGAAGGCCUUCACCUUGACACCAAGCCAUCGGCCGAAGAAGACAAUACUGGCGAAGACCAAGGUACCGACGACGACAAAGCGCCAGACACCGCGAACGACCUAGACUCACUUUUCAACGACCCUAUGAGCGCAGGAGGAGCUGGUGGCGAGAACCAAGACUUCAACUUCGAUCAAGACAACUCCAACGACAUCGACUUUGGCUCCUUCGGGGCAAACUUUGAUGCGAAUGGCGCCGACAACGACAACAUCUCAUCCCUGCUACCAGGUCUGGAGGACUACGCAAAUACCCAGCCGACCAGCAAUGGAGCUGACCUUGACCUAAACGAGCUUUUCGGAGUCGGCAGUGCAAGCAACGGAAUGGACUCGCAAGGAGCUGGCGAACAACGAGACUCCACCUUUGAAGAUCUCAUGGACUUCAACCUCGACGGCAUGGACACGGGCAGCGGUGGAAACAACAACACCAACAACGCCGAUUUCGAUUUCGACUCGCUGUUCAACUGA